CAACUUGUUGAUCAAAAGGAUAGGGUCAUCCAGUCCCUGGAUCUGCACAAGAGAUUCGGAUCAGCUCUCUGGCGCUUGCCAACCGAAGUUCUAUCCCACAUUUUCAUCUUCUGUCUCCCAGAAGUCAAGUACUUGUCGCCCGCAUCAAAGUUGGCCCCUAUGCUGCUGACCAGAAUAUGCCAACGAUGGAGGGAGGUUGCUGUGGGCAUGCCGAGUUUGUGGUGUAUGCUC